AUGCGCUCGAUCGACGACCUCCCCAAAGACGAUGCGACAAGGAAAAAGAUCACUGAUAUUAUCGAUCGGCAGUUCAACUUGGAGAUCUACCUGAAGCAUCGCGAGACAGCAGCUAUCCGCCGUGAAAUUGAAAAAGCCGAAGACACAUUACGCGAUCUUGAGCAGGCGAUCAACAAUGAGAAUGCUGCAGGUUCAACUAUGGAUACAUCAUCUCCCUAUACCCGACGAUCAGCUGCCAUGGUUGCCAAUGCUAUGUUUCAAGCGUAUCUACCCACACCGGCAGAAAGGAAAGCAGAGCGACAACGUCAUCAAGGUGCAUUAUUUGGUCGACGUAGUGAUGGUGUCUUUGUUAGGCUUUCAUGUCCUGAAUGCAAACGAGACGACUUUGGAAACCAAAUUGGAUUCUUGAAUCAUUGUCGACUCGCUCAUGGUCUUGAAUUUGGUCCUUAUGAACAAAUCAUGCAACGUUGUGGUACCCCUGUGGAUGAAUCUGAAGUACCGCCCGAUCACCCAGUACGCUUAAGGCCAUUCACUCGACCCGUACCUGCAGUGCCAAUGAAACGUAAAGAGAGGCCGACCAUCAAAGUAUUCGAAGAGGAUGUGGAUUUGGAAUCAGAACGAGUAGCACAGGAACAACAACAACACAUUGAACGAGAGGGAAAGCGACCAAUGCAAUCAUCCAAAUCAAUACCUGAGACUGCAGAAUCUACACCUCCACCACAACAACCACAACAACCGCUAGAAACAACAGCUACCACAACCACAACAACCACUACAUCUUCAUCAGAGAACGAGCAGCCAUCUGAACAAGAUCAAAAGCCACCUGAGCAGCCUAUGGAAUCAUUUGCAGCAGCAGUCGUACCUACUACAGCGAUCGAUGACAUAGGAUCACGCUUUUAUAUCAAACGCCAAAUUAUCGUCGGCAACGUGAGCAAAUUUAUCCCUCCAGAAAAACGGGAUCCUACAUUGAAAAAUUACACCCACAAAUGGAUGGUCUAUGUGGUGGAACCUCCGCAGAUGCAAGAAGUGUCAAAGUUCGUCACUGGUGUCCGGUUUUUCCUUCAUCCAAGCUACAAACCUCUUGACGUUGUCGAUGUCACUGAACCACCGUUUCGUCUUACACGUUUGGGUUGGGGAGAAUUUCCAAUUCGAGUACAGCUUUUCUUUGUGGAUAAACGAAGGAACAAGAGCGUGGAUAUCAUUCAUCAUGUUAAGUUGGAUCAUUCACAUUCGGGAAAGCAAAUGCUUGGAGGUGAACGUGUCGUCGAGAUUGAGCUGGAUCGUAACACGGAUUUUGAGGAUAAAUCCAAUGUACCACGAAAUCAACCCACGCCCACCCAUACGCCUUCAUCAGAAACAAGCAUGACUCCUGCACCGAUAGUGAAUGUACACAAGCAAAAGAUGACGCUCUUACAUGGAUUGCUCAAAGAUACUGUACGGCGAUUGCCCAUCAUUCGACCUGCAUCACAAACGACCACAGCACCUUUGCCAUAUACUUGUGCUACAAGCACCCAUGCAUACUUCUCUUGGAGUGUGGGUCGAAGGAAAGCAUUGGAAUGGCAUCGAGCCCAUUUGAUGCGGAUACAAGUACAGCAACAAGCAUUUGAUACUAUGGAUGACAUCUUACGAUCCGCAGCAUCAUCGUUAACGACCAAACAAGUGGUACUAUGGUGUCGUGAACAUCGAUACACACCUCAGCGAUCCGAUAUCGAUGCAAAGGAAGAAGAAAGAGCAGCAACAACACAGACUGAAACAGGCUUUGGCUAUUGUAAAUUUUGUGGAUGUUUACGUGAUCGACAUGGUACCGAUGACAGCAAUUGUCGAUGGCGUCCCAAGGGGUGGGCAACUGUUAAGAAACGUGGAUUGAGCACGCUUUCAAGUGUCGAUACGCUAAUGGAUCAACUUCCUCAAGGCUGGGAUCGUGUGUCGGAAGCUGAUGAAGAUAUGGAUGUGGAUAUUGAUGUUACACCCUCUACAACGACUGCAAACACAGCUGGAGCUUCUAUCAUCAAAACGAUAAGCGACAUGGUUGCUGACGAGGCUACGGAUGAACAACAACUCGAUUGGGUGUGGUCUGUCAUUGGCCAACUAAGGCUUAGAGGUGUCAUAGCGAAUGAUAUGGUGACCGAUCGUGAAGGGAAUUUGCGAGGACCCCAUAGAGAUUUUGAUCUUGCUACUGCCAUGGAACAGCGUGUGUAUACGGGCAAUUUGAUCUCACAGCUGGUGCGUGUAUUCCUGAAACGAAUGCUCGAUGCUGGUAUCGACAUUUACAAUCGACAACAACAGCAAGAGAAUCAAUCCAAGGAUAAGCUUUUGGUUCCAUUGCAUAUUUACGAAGGGCUACGAUCGGUUCCGCAAUUCGAUUUUCUAACGAAUCAGUAUAUGGGUCCAUCAUCAUCAUCAACAUCAUCACCCGAUAAUCAAGAACACAAUUAA